AGAGGUGAGAAAGUUAAGGUCUUUGAGAUCUUAAAGAAUGGUUGAGAUUAUAAUAAAUAUGUAUACAAGCUGGAUAAAUAGUACAACAUGUUCUACACAGUUCUAGAAAGGAAUUAUUUAUAAUCGCACUUUCUGCUGUCACCCAGAUGAGGAUGGCUUGCACAUUAGGGAUCAAUUGAUCAAUUUAAAAUGUAUAUCCUGAAUUUCUGUAUUUCUGUAAAGCUGUUUAUGACAAUGCCUAUUGUUAAAAGCGCUAUACAAAUACAACUGAAUUGAAUUAUACAGCUGAUCCCUUAAAAAUCACACUUUAAAUUCCAUUGGACAUGAUUUAUUCAUUUGUUUACUUUUGUGAGAAAGCACAUUACGUGUUUAUAUCCAUUCCUGUCUUUGAAUUAGAUAUAGAGAAGCGAGGAGGCAAAGCGGAAGCUGUGACAGCUGAUUCUGUUUGAACCAUAUAUAUCUGCAAAAAUGGCAAUGAGCAGCAUCCUGAACGCUGAUGACAUCAAGAAAGCCCUGGAUACAUUCAAAGCUGCUGACUCAUUUGACCAUAAGAAGUUCUUCGAGAUGGUGGGGCUGAAGGCAAAAUCAGCUGAUGACGUGAAGAAGGCUUUCCAUGUACUGGAUGCUGACAACAGCGGCUUUAUAGAGGAAGAGGAGCUAAAAUUCGUGCUGAAGGGCUUUGCUACCAAUGGAAGAGAUCUGACUGAUAAAGAAACCAAAGCCUUCUUAAAGGCAGCUGAUAAAGAUGGAGACGGCAAGAUUGGAGUGGAAGAGUUUGCUGCUCUUGUCCAUGAGUAAACAAUACUGUCCUGGCCAUCCCUUGACUCCUGACGCACACACACACACACACACACACACACACACUGUACAUUUUCACUCACCUCCUACAAUCAUGCUAUUUAUUUUUUUCCUUAUUUUAUUUUAUACAAAUGUGUGUUUGUGUUAGUGUACAUGUACAUAUACAAAUACAACUCUAGCAUAUGUACAUACACACAGAUCUGUUUUAUUGUUUCUAUUAUUUCUAUUAUUUCUAUUGUAUAGGUAUUUAUGGAAAUAAUUUUCUUUCAUUCUUUCUUUGAUGUUACUCAUGCUACUUGUGCUGCAAUGUUAUUUCACCUACAGGGGAUCAAUAAAGGUACACCUUAUCUUACCUUAUCUCUUACUGUACAGGUGAAGAGGUACAAACCUUCAUCUUGGAAGUAUGUACAGUAGCUACUUUAAGAGGAAUAGCCCACCCCCUUCGUAUUAAUCUGCAUUCCAUUUUCUUUAUUUCUUUCUCUUCUCCUUUUAUCAUUUGAUUGAUUGUUCUUUCCUCCACUUCUUGGCAUUGCUUUGCCCUUGUCCUGUCUCCAUCUCUCCCUGAUACAGAGCUGUUGUGAAAUACACCAAAUGAAGGAGGUCAAACUGUGAAAGAAAAAAAUAAAAGACAACAUGCCUCACUUA